AUGUUUGCGCCAGCCACCCUCAAACUCUGGUACCCUGGCUCCAAGUACAUAUUGUACGUGCUCGAGAUCACGUAUGAUGCCGAGCUGCCCAAGGUGUUUGACAGCGUGGACAGAUCAAAGAUAGCCAACAACGACCAGCUCUACCUCGAGUGGAUCAACCUCGAGUCAGUGCUCCUCGCGGAAUAUGGUGUGUUCAAGAGAGACAAUGGAGAGAAGGGCGCGCUGCCCAGGUUCUUUAAAGAUAUGAUACGUCUGCUGCACGCCAGUACUCAUGAUGCGUAUCCCGACCUGAUAUCGGCGCCGUCGUUACUACAACCUGUGAUCAAGAAACAUGUGGAACAACCAGUUACUCAAUCCUUGCAAGAUAGGGUGCGUCAGACUGUGUUGGAUUCAGAGUCAGCUGGAGCAGAUGGAUCAAACAACUACGACGAUGAUGAUGAUGAUAAUGAUGAUGAUUCAAACGACAAAGAUACACCAAUCACAAAGAACAGCGAUAAGAAGAAUGUAAAGAAAGAGUCAAGCAAAGACAAGGCGGCCACAACAAAGUCACUCGAUGAGGAGAAGAAGAAGAAGAAGAAGAAGAGCAAGAAGGAUGAGUCCAGCGAGGAUGAGGAUGCCAUCAUGUGGCCACGUUCAACCUCCCAUUCUUCAACAAGAACUCAAUCGUUGAGGCCACGCCCGACUACGACAUUAUCCUCUCCCCCUACCACGACAACAACAUGUUCACAUUCACCGCCGUUGGAAGCAUUGUCCGACUGA